CGACAUAUUUUCAAAGUUACACGUGCAUUUGUUUGUGUUUGACCUUUGACCGCACUUCUCACACGAUGGCUGCCGUCCUGAACUUCAACGUGGGUGUGUUGGGGCACAUCGACAGCGGGAAGACGUCCCUCUGCAAGGCGCUGAGCACCGUCGCCUCCACGGCAGCCUUCGACAAGCACCCGCAGAGCAAGGAGAGGGGGAUAACGCUGGAUCUUGGCUUCUCGUCGUUCUCUGUGGACGUGCCAGGUCACAUCAAGGAAGCGGAUCCGAAGUAUGAGAAGUUGCAGUUCACACUGGUGGACUGUCCGGGACACGCCUCCCUCAUUAAGACCAUCAUUGGUGGUGCCCAGAUCAUUGACCUGAUGCUGCUGAUUGUGGAUGUGACGAAGGGCAUGCAGACCCAGACGGCGGAGUGUCUGGUCAUCGGAGAGAUCGCCUGUCAGAAGAUGCUGGUUGUGCUCAACAAGGUGGACCUCCUGCCUGAAGCCAAGAGAGACCAAAUGGUAGACAAGAUGAAGAGGAAGAUGGCCGCUACACUCAAGUCAACCAGGUUUGCUGAUGCCCCCAUCAUUGCUGUGGCAGCCAAGCCAGGGGGACCGGAGGCUCCUGACACAGAAGCUGUUGGCCUGCAGGAGUUGAUGGACCUCCUAAAGAAGCACACGUACCUGCCCAGUCGUGAUGCCAGCGGGCCGUUCAUCUUCGCAGUGGACCACUGUUUCUCCAUCCGGGGACAGGGAACGGUCAUGACGGGAACGGUUCUCAGCGGCACCGUCGCAAUCAACGACAACGUAGAGGUGGCCAAUGUCAAGGAAGUGAAGAAGGUGAAGUCCAUGCAGAUGUUUAAGCAGCCGGUGAACUCGGCCAUGCAGGGGGACAGGGUGGGCGUCUGCGUGACCCAGUUUGACCCCAAGCUGCUGGAGCGGGGUCUGGUGUGCACCCCGGGCACCCUCGCCGUCAUCCACGCCGCCGUCCUGAAGGUGAGGAAGAUCCGGUUCUUCAAGGGAGCGUGCCAGACGAAGGCCAAGUUCCACAUCACCAUGGGGCACGAGACUGUCAUGGCGAGGGUGCAGUUCUUCGGAUCACCCUCCCAAGACGGCGUGGAAGAAAGCUCUGAGGAUCCCCACUUUGACUUCACAAGGGAGUACAUGUAUCAGGACGAACUCUACGGCCAGGAAGGGGCAGGUAAAGGCAAGGAGAACGGCACAGCAGACACAGAGGCAGCGCAAACAGUCCCCAGCCAACAGUGGGCUCUUCUGGAGUUUGAAAAACCCGUGAUCUGUCCCCAGAGGUGUCUUGUCAUCGGUUCCCGCCUCGACACGGACAUCCACGCCAACACGUGUAGGUUAGCCUUCCACGGUCAACUCCUCGAGCCCCUGGUGGACAAGAACUACGGCGAGACAGUCCUGCCAAAGCUGAAGGUCUUCAAGAACAAGUCGAAGGAGGGAAUGGUAGAAAGGAUGACAGACGAGUACACGGUGAUCGGGAGAUCGCUCUUCAAGAAGGAGACGAACAUUCAGCUGUUUGUGGGUUUGAAGGUGAAGCUGUCUACGGGAGAGGAGGGGGUGAUCGAGGGGGGGUUUGGGCAGAGCGGGAAGUUUAAGAUACGGAUUCCACAGGGUCUUCAGCCCGGCACAGUUCAGCAGCUCUCUGCUGCAGGGAAGAAGAAGAAAGGGAAGAAGGCUGACGAGGAGGAAGCUGCAGCAGCACAAGUUCCUGAGAAAGGACAGGGUGGGAUCCAGGUCUCUCUUCAGUUCAAGAAGUACAUCUUUGAUACCAAGAAGAAGAUGAUUCAAACGUAACAUAACGCACAUGCUUAAAGAUUUAAGUUCUUAAGCUUACAAUUUUUUUUCUGCAUAUUUGAUAUUGUAAAAAUGACAUCCAUGAUGAGUAAAUAUGAUUUGUUUUUGAAUACCUGUAUUUAAAAACAUCCCUUUCCCUGAAAUGAAACUUUUGAUCAGCAAUUCAGAACGAAAGGUCAGUAGUUGAACUGUUUUCCACCUGGACCCAGUGUCAGCUUUCACAGUACAUGUAUAGCAAUGUACAGGGUAAUAACAGAGUACUAGUCUAUGGUGGUCUGAGUAAAUUAUGCUUUGAAUGGCCCACCUGAUUGAACAACUGAACAACAGAUUGUAUAACACAGCCUCUGGUAAGUGUGAUUAAUACAAUACAUUGAUAUAACAAUUUGUGAGAGCACAGAAAAUAUGGACUCGAUUUAGUUAUGAAUCUACUGAUUAAAAGACACCCUGGUGGUGUUUUGCUAUUGUCAAA